GUGUCUGGUGGGUCGGCGUCCUUGUCCUGGAGAUGGCUUCUCGGUACGACAGGGCCAUCACGGUCUUCUCCCCCGACGGACACCUUUUCCAAGUGGAAUAUGCUCAGGAAGCGGUGAAGAAAGGCUCCACAGCGGUUGGAAUUCGAGGUACCAAUAUAGUAGUUCUUGGAGUAGAAAAGAAAUCUGUUGCCAAGCUUCAAGAUGAAAGAACUGUAAGGAAAAUUUGUGCCCUUGAUGACCACGUCUGCAUGGCAUUUGCAGGACUGACUGCUGAUGCUAGAAUAGUGAUAAACAGAGCUCGCGUGGAGUGCCAGAGCCAUAAGCUCACAGUUGAGGACCCAGUCACUGUGGAAUACAUAACUCGCUUCAUAGCAACUUUAAAACAAAAAUAUACCCAGAGUAAUGGACGAAGACCUUUUGGUAUUUCUGCCUUAAUUGUAGGUUUUGAUGAUGAUGGCAUCCCAAGAUUAUAUCAGACAGAUCCUUCUGGUACUUACCAUGCUUGGAAGGCAAAUGCAAUAGGCCGAAGUGCUAAAACUGUUCGAGAAUUUCUAGAAAAAAAUUACACAGAAGAUGCUAUAGCAAAUGACAAUGAAGCUAUUAAAUUGGCAAUAAGAGCUUUGCUGGAAGUUGUCCAGUCUGGUGGGAAAAAUAUUGAACUUGCCAUAAUAAGAAGGAACCAACCUUUGAAGAUGUUCAGUGCCAAAGAAAUUGAAUUACAAGUCACUGAAAUAGAGAAGGAAAAGGAAGAAGCAGAGAAGAAAAAAUCAAAGAAGUCUACCUAAUUCUGAGGAUGACCACUGGGAGCUUUCCUGUUAUGUUGGAUUUUUGGAAUUACUUAGUGAAGUUUUAGAGAAAAUAAGUUAUGUUGUAGCAUUGCAUUUCAUACUUACCUGCUGAAUUGAGAAUGCCAGGCUCAUAGCUGCCUAUAGUCUAUUACAUAGACAAACAGAUUACUGUGAGCAUUUGCUUUGAAAGGUCAUUCCAGUAAUUGUUGAAAGUAGCCAUAAUUCCAGAUAAACCUGGGAUCAUCAACCUUCCAAUUUGUUAUUGUUCUUCAUACUUGAAAACUUAAUUUUAAAACAUUUAAUUUGAAAAAAACUUCAUGGUGUAGCUUGAGUACUGACUGUCAGUUUGA